AUGACAGAAUAUAUUUUUAUUUUAAGUUCAUUUAUUGCGCUAGGGUGCUUAGGCGUAUCAUUGAAGCCUUCACCUAUUUAUGGGGGUAUGUGUUUAAUUGUUAGUGGGUGUUCUGGUUGUUUAGCGGUGUUAGGGUUUGGUGGAUCUUUUUUAGGUGCUAUGGUGUUUUUAAUUUAUUUAGGUGGUAUGUUGGUUGUCUUUGGGUAUACGACUGCUAUGUCUACGGAGGAGUUUCCUGAGACUCUAAUGUCAAGUUGAUCGGUGUUUGGUGCGUUGAUAACGGGUAUUUUUAUGGAGAUGGGUGUAGUUUAUGCUUCUAAUGAGUAUAAUUUAGUAAAUUCUGUGUUAGUACAUAAUAGUAACACAGGGGGUUGGGUGGUUUAUGAUAGUGAUGAGCUAGGGUUAAUGGGAGAGGGGGGUGCUGGGGUGGCUGCCUUGUAUAGUUGUUCUGCAUGAUUGAUGGUGGUGUCUGGGUGAACUUUAUUAAUGGGUGUUAUAGUUAUUAUUGAGAUUGUUCGAAUUAAUUAG